AUGAGCCACAAAAAAGCGAACUCAACGAUUCAUGUACCCUUUUCAUGGGAGAAGAUGCCUGGGGUCCCAAAGUUUAUGGCUUCACCUAUGUGCGCUUUGGUUCCAGGCCUGGCCGGAAACAACCGUGAAGUGCAGAACAAUAUGGUGCUCCCGUUGCCACCAGGGUCUUUCCGGCAGCUGCCGGGGAGAAGCGAUUCAAAAAGGAUGGUUCUUAUGCGGGAGGAGGACCCUUUUCGUGCUGCUAUAAUAGAGUGUACAAAAGAUUGCGAUCAUGACUGUAAGGCUAAAGAAGAGAUCAAGAUGAGAUUUGGGCGUAGGGUUCGAAUCAGCAAGUGUUUCUUGUCGUCAUGCAUACAAUCUUUUGAUAUCCAAGAGGGUUCUUUGUUGAUGAAACCAUCGAGCUUAGGUUGCAUUGUUCGUCGAGAUCGAGUUUAA